AUGAAGGGGCAACUUUCUUUCAGCAUUGUAACUGAUACAACCACGAUGGGCUCAGUGAAAUCAGCUGGACUUUCUAUUCUUCUGUUGUCUUUUCUUUUUUACAUAGCUGAUUCUUACCCCAACAUUGACAUGGGCUGUGAGGAGUGCAAACUGGGAAUGAACAAUCUUUUCUCGAGGGAUCGUCCGGUCUACCAGUGCAUGGGCUGCUGCUUCUCCAGAGCGUACCCAACACCUCUCACGGCCAUGACGAAAAUGGAGAUCCCAAAGAACAUCACCUCGGAGGCAACAUGCUGUGUUGCAAAGGACUACUAUGAGAUAGAGGUGUACGGCAUAAGGGUGAGAAACCACACAGACUGCCACUGCAGCACCUGCUACUACCAUAAGAUAUGA